AUGUCUACUACCACGUCAAGACCAGAAGGCGAUCGCAUCAAGACGCGAUUUCUGAUCAUUUCAGACACGCAUUCGGCCGCGCCUGGACAGGUCACGAGAAAGACCGAUGUUGUCGCCAGCACACCCUUGCCGAAGGCAGACGUCCUUUUGCAUUGCGGUGAUCUGACCAUGGUCGGACAUUUGAGCGAGUACGAUAAGACUUUGAACAUGCUGGAAACCAUUGAUGCGGAUCUGAAACUGGUUAUUGCUGGUAAUCACGAUAUUUCCCUGGACGAGGUCUAUUAUCGCAGAAAGGGGCGCUACAUGCACCGCUCUGGUGGCUACAGCGAGGAUCUUCCUGAGAAGGCACGAGAAAUGUGGUUGGGCGAACGCGCGAAAUCCGCUGGUGUGACCUACUUGGAAGAAGGCACACACACUUUCACGCUCAAGAAUGGCGCCAAGCUACGAGUAGAGUUCUGCGACUGGGCCUUUCCAUACUUCCGCAACGAAGACCGAUACAACCCUUCUCACCAGUGUACGCCGAAUGCUGUACCCAUUGCCGAAAACCCGGUUCCCGACUUCCCAGCUAUCGAUGUUAUGAUGACUCAUGGCCCACCCCUGGACAUCAUGGAUGUGACGUACAAAGGCGACAAUGUUGGUUGUCAACAUCUACUCCGAGCUGCCAGACGAUGCAAGCCGCGGCUGCAUUGCUUCGGCCAUAUACACGAGGGCUGGGGUGCUCAAACAGUAACAUGGAGGGAGGGUGAAGAGCUGGAUGUGAAGAUCGAAGAGCACGUGGAGAAGACUGAGGUCAUUCAUGCCUACAUGGAAGACGUCCCAGCGAUUCGGCCAGUCGAGGUUGACAUUAGCUGGGAGGGUGGCACGCCGUUGAAGUACGGCAAGGAGACUUUGAUGGUCAACGCGAGUAUAAUGACUUUAGGGUAUAAGCCAUGGAACAGUCCAUGGCUGGUGGAUGUGGAUCUUGAGAAGGCAGAAUAA